AUGGUUCCAACAAGGGCAAGCUCAGUGAAGGCUGUUUCAAGCAAGCCCACUCCAAGAACUAAGCCUUCAGGUGAAAACACAUCAAGGGUCACCAAGCGGAGUGCAAAAGCCUCAUACCAAAGCAAUUCUGCUUUUACCGGAGGGAAAAAAUCAUCUACUAGCUCCUCAAGCUCCAAGACCACAAAAAUAAAAUCAAUCACAGCCUAUAGCCCGAAAUUCACACAGCAUCUAUCUUCCCACGGAAUAUAUCUCGAUGGAUACGACCGUCCGUGCGGCAAACCAAUGCCAAAACCGAAAAAUUUUGAUAACCUCCAUGAUAUACUGUCCCGAUCGCGAAGAGCUGUUUCGCCUACAGACCUCUCCGCUGAUGACUUCCAGAAAUUUAAGUUUCGGGAUACGAUCGCUGUUAAUGAGUCGGGGGUCAUUGGUUUACUGAUACCGACUAUGGACGGAAGUAAUAAGAAUCGAGGGAGUACUGCAAUGGAUCACCUCUGCAGCAAUCUUGCUUCAAUGACUGAUGACACGCUCGUCAUCGCAAAACCUGACCUCCUCUAUGGUGCUCGCCCAGAACAACUCAACCGUUUAAUCCGAGAUGACUUGGAUGACAUGAUUGUACCGUCAACAUAUAAACAUUUUCCAAUGCUACCAAACUUCUUUCUGGAAGUCAAAGGCCCUGAUGGAAGUCCUGCCGUUGCAGCCCGGCAGGCUUGCCAUGAUGGUGCAAUUGGAGCUCGAGGAAUCCAUGCCUUGCAGUCCUACAAGAAUGACAGCCCUGUCUACGAUAAAAAUGCAUACACUAUUACGGCAACCUACCAAUGCGGCCACCUCAGAUUAUACACUACCCACAUUGAACCACCGGUAGAUACUAAUGGCCGCCCUGAAUAUGUCAUGACUUCCUUGUGCUCAUACUCCAUGGUAAAUAGUCUGGAGACCUUCAGGCAAGCCGUAACUACUUAUCGAAAUCUUCGAGACUGGGCAAAAGAACAAAGGGAUGCAAGUAUUACAGCUGCAAAUGCACGAUUUAAGGACGCCCAGAAUCAGCUUGCCCUCGAAGAGCCUCAAGGAUCAUGA